AUGCUGCUGACGACCUGCCGCACAGAAUAUCAGUUCGUCACUCAAAUAUCCAACAUCGCCAAGCACUCAAAUACGCCCUGGGUCAUGCAGAGCCCCGAAGCUAUCGAGGAGAAUAAUGGCUUAGUUUUCUUACAACACAGUUUGUUGCUGGUCGCUUUUGAUUGCGAGUUCGUGCUCGCCACAGUGUACUCCGAACGGGAGAGGUUGCUGCAGGAGAUUUUGUGUGGAACGUGGAACCUAGCAGAUGUCGUGACUAUCAAGACUAUGGAUGGGCCCAGAUCCGGAGAAUAUGGGACGCAUGUGCCUGUUACUAUUGAUGAGGGGAUAGCUCUGUGUCCUGGAAGGCUAGAAAUACCAGCUUUCGAGGAACGAUCGCGGGAGAGUAAGACCAGUAAGGUUGUAACGAGCUCGCCGCUUGCCAGUCAAAACUAG